GGAAGGUCAGUGAUAUCAUUUAUCUAGACUCCAGCCUCCGUGAUUCUUGCACAGUGCCUUUGUAUCAUGAGUGGGUGUCCAUUUUUAGGAAACAACUUUGGAUAUCCUCAUAAAAAACUAUCUGUAGAAGACAGUGAAGAAGACAAAUCACAAACUGGUGUGAAUAGAGCCAGCAAAGGAGGACUUAUCUAUGGGAACUACCUGCACUUGGAAAAAGUUUUGAAUGCACAAGAACUUCAAAGUGAAAUAAAAGGAAAUAAAAUCCAUGAUGAACAUCUUUUUAUCAUAACUCAUCAAGCUUACGAACUCUGGUUUAAGCAAAUCCUCUGGGAAUUGGAUUCUGUUCGAGAGAUCUUUCAGAAUGGCCAUGUCAGGGAUGAAAGGAAUAUGCUUAAGGUUGUUACCCGGAUGCACCGAGUGGCAGUGAUUCUUAAACUGUUGGUACAGCAGUUUUCUGUUCUGGAGACAAUGACAGCCUUGGACUUCAAUGACUUCAGAGAAUACUUAUCUCCAGCAUCAGGCUUCCAGAGUUUGCAAUUCCGACUGUUAGAAAACAAGAUAGGUGUUUUUCAGAGUUUGAGAGUCCCUUACAACAGAAGGCAUUAUCGUGAUAACUUCAAAGGAGAAGAAAAUGAACAACUACUUAAGUCUGAGCAGGAGAAAACACUUCUUCAACUUGUGGAGGCAUGGCUGGAAAGAACACCAGGUUUAGAGACACAUGGAUUUAACUUCUGGAGCAAGUUUGAAAAAAAUAUCAUCAAAGGUUUGCAAGAUGAAUUCAUCAGGAUUCAGGCUAAGGAUGAGUCAGAAGAAAAAGAAGAACAAAUGACUGAAUUUCAGAAACAAAAAGAGGUGCUACUGUCCUUAUUUGAUGAGAAGCGUCAUGAACAUCUCCUCAGUAAAGGUGAAAGAAGAUUGUCAUACAGAGCACUUCAGGGAGCAUUGAUGAUAUAUUUUUACAGAGAAGAGCCUAGGUUCCAGGUGCCUUUUCAGUUGCUGACUUAUCUUAUGGAUAUAGACACACUCAUGACCAAAUGGAGAUAUAACCAUGUGUGCAUGGUGCACAGAAUGCUGGGCAACAAGGCUGGCACUGGAGGUUCCUCAGGUUAUCAGUACCUGCGCUCAACUGUGAGCGACAGGUACAAGGUCUUCGUAGAUUUAUUUAACCUUUCAACAUAUCUGGUUCCCCGACACUGGAUACCAAAGAUGAAUCCGAUCAUUCAUAAAUUCCUAUACACGGCUGAAUUUUGUGACAGCUCUUACUUCAGCAGUGACGAAUCAGAUUAAAAUCAUCUGAAAAUUCCAUGAAGAAUAUAGAUUACUCCGUCUAUUUUUGUAUUUCCUAUGAGUUUUCAUGAAUAUACAAAAAGUACUAAUGUAAUAUAUGUAUAUAGAUAGUUCAGCACCAUGGUGUCCUGAUUCAAUAAUGGAAAUAAUUUGAUUACUUCCUAUUUGUGAUGGUAUAAUAUUAAAUAUUAAGAAGAGAAGUAAUUCAGUUAAAUUGUAACACUGUAUGUAGAGUGUUUUCCUAUUAAAAAUUCAAUUUCCCUUGAUACUCACCUUAAUGUAACCACUUAAUGUCAUCAUUAUGUUAUUGUAUCAUAACUUAUAAGUUUAUAAACUUCAGUUAUUUCAAAUAUUUUGUGCAUCAUUCUGUACAAAGACUUAUGCAAACAAAAAUUUUAAAGUAAUAAAAUUAAUCCUU